GGAGGAAGUAGACGGUGAUUUCACAGACCAGGAACUGAAGAAUUAGAAACGUAACCCCCCCUCGUUUUGCAAUGAAACAGCUUUGUUUUUUGCAGACCUAGCACUUUGUACAUAAGAUUGCCACUGCGGUUUUGCGCGUUUGUGUCUUGAUAUCAUUUUUGAAGUGACCUAGCUAGUUAUCUGUGAUAAUUGCAAAUUUAUAUCACAGCUACUCAAAUUUGGAAGUUUGCUUACCGACCCCUAACUAGUUCGCCCGGUUGUGUGCCUGCGUGUCUCACAGAUUACUGCCGGCUAGUUGUGAAUGAUGGCUGUCUGUCAGGCGACCAGUCUACCGUCCCUGUUAGCGAAGGCUCGGCGGGUGUACCGGGAAAGCUUCGGUGACACGGAGCCAGACAUAGCAGUGUCAGCACCAGGGAGAGUCAAUCUAAUUGGAGAGCACACGGAUUAUAACGAGGGAUUGGUUUUGCCCAUGGCGUUGCCCAUGGUGACAGUAGUGGUUGGCAGUCAGACCGCUGACACCAGCGUUUCCAUAGUUACAGCCGCAGAAGAGGCUGAUGAACCGCGGCGAGUGGACUUUCCCCUUCCUCAAGAUUCCAAUCCUCUCACCCCCGGGGAACCCAAAUGGGCCAACUACGUCAAAGGAGUCAUCCAGCACUACAGAGCCGGACCCCUCCCAGGAUUCCGAGCUGUGAUAGCCAGCAACGUACCACUAGGGGGCGGCCUGUCCAGCUCUGCCUCACUAGAAGUGGCUGUGUACACCUUCUUGCAGCAGAUCUGUUCAGAUGACAACGAUUUAGUGGCGAAGGCUCUGGCCUGUCAGAAAGCAGAACACACUUUUGCCAGCAUGCCCUGUGGGAUCAUGGACCAGUUUAUAUCAGUCAUGGGCAAGGAGGGGCAUGCACUGCUUAUAGACUGCAGAUCCUUAGAGGCAACCCUGGUGCCCCUCACAAACCCUGGUGUGGUUAUUCUCAUCACUAACUCCAAUGUACGCCACUCUCUGACUGGCAGUGAAUACCCCAGUCGGCGCCGGCAGUGUGAGGAGGCAACCCGUGCCCUGGGCAAGGCCAGCCUCAGGGAGGCAAGCAUGGAGGACCUGGAAGCUGCGAAGGAUCGUCUGGAUAGUGAGACAUCCCGGCGAGCUCGUCAUGUGAUCGGGGAGAUUGCGAGGACCGCACGGGCGGCCGAAGCGCUAAGGGCAGGGGAGUACCGCGAGUUCGGGAGACUGAUGGUGGAGAGCCAUCACUCCCUCAGGGACGACUACGAUGUGAGCUGUCCAGAGCUGGACCAGCUGGUUGCCGCGGCGAUGGAGGUGCAGGGGGUGCAUGGCAGCAGGAUGACCGGUGGGGGUUUCGGGGGCUGCACAGUCACUCUGCUGGAGGCCUCGGCUGUGGACAGAGCCACCCAACAUAUUCAGGAGAAGUAUAGCGGGACAGCCACGUUCUAUAUCACUACACCUUCAGAGGGAGCCAGAGCCCUGAGUCUGUGAUAGCAGUCGUGUCUGGGGGUCUGUCUUGUCUCCUGGAGAGAGGGGCCAGUAGACUAGCACUUCUCACUGCCCAGAGUAACACCUCCUGCCCUCUCAGACCACAGUGAGACUUUUUGUUUUGGAAUGAGAGCAUUCAGUAUUGAUUUUUGACUUUCUGUAUAAAUUUCAGUAUCAUUAAAUCAUUAAAUUUC